AUGAGGCAACUUCUCUUGACAAUUAUCCUGGGGACAAGCGCUUUAUCUAUCACCGACAGCAGCCUGCUCAAUUUCAAGGUGAUGAUCGAAAGGAUUACCCACAAAAAUGCCCUCAUCCAUUUCAAUGGAUAUGGGUGCUACUGUGGAAAGGGGGGAAAAGGGAAGCCACGAGACAAGACAGACAUGUGCUGCUACACCCAUGACUGCUGCUAUGAGGGCUUACACAGCCAGAAUUGUCACCCAUACAUUGAUCACUAUAGAUACCUGAUCAUCAGCGAUGACGUUCUCUGCAAGUACAGGAACAAUUCAGCCUGUUCCACAUUGGCAUGUGAAUGUGAUCGGCGGGCCGCAGUGUGCUUCAGAAAGGAAGCCAAAACGUACAGCAAGAAAUUUCACCGUUAUCCUGCUGUCUUGUGCAAAGAAGCCACCCCUAAAUGUUCACAUGGCAAAAGUCAUACUGUAAGGCAAACUGUGAUGCACACCAACCAGAGACAGCCUUUAAGGAAAGGAGUGAUUUUGGAGAUCUCCAGUGGGGAAGGAGGCUGA